AUGGCCAAAUAUCUCCCCCGCCACCUCCGCCAGAACGCGCCGCCACCGUCUACCUUCACCUCUGACGAGAUCAACGCAGGCCUCGACCUGGUCACCCAGAAUCACACCCUCCGCGCACGCGCAGAUGACCGCCUCGCUGCGAUCUUUGACUACGAGCGCGCCGUCUCGUUCAUCAAAGGCACCACCCGCGCGCAGAUCUCCUGUCAUUCCAACCUGCACUUCCUACCACCCAAGGACCAGUUCGACGUCGAGGAGUACCCCCUCUUCCAAACAGCCGACCUCGGCGGAAGGACAAACAGUCUUGAGUUCGUCGCGCUGGUGCGCGUGGUGGAUGUCGAGAUACGCGAGCCGCACUCGCCUGAGCUCCUGAAGCUGUUGAAGGCAAAGUUCGGGGACGGCGCGCGAGACCCGGUGGCGUGGAAGAAGAGCUUGGAUAUGCCAUGGGCGGUGGUCACGCUGGAAAAGGUGGAAGGGGGAAAGAAUCCGAUGCAUUGA